GAAAGAAAUGAAAACAGAAAUUCGGGAACAUUAAUCCUGUCCUCUGGUAUCGAAAAUCGUUUUGCACGGAAACAGACAGAAACUCGACUCGCCCGGGUUUAAGACUCACCAAUCACCAUUUGCGGCUGAAAUGGCCACGGUGGUCAGUAUGGGAAGUUUGUCUUCGCUGCUCUUGCCGAGUCGCCUCGGUCAUAACAACUCACAAGAUCGCUUUUUGCUGCUCAAAACUACUGCCAGUCGCUUCAUCCCACAAACCAUUAAAAAUGCCUUCGCAGCUACGAGAAUUCGAGCUUCUUCCACUCUUCUUGUGGAAACCAAGCCUGAUACUAUUCUGGAUGAGAAGAAGUUGGACAGCUGCAAGAAUACUUUAGCUUGUCCUAUUUGCUAUACCCCUCUGAUUUACACUGCUGAUUCAAGCUUCCCUGCGGACUCUGCGGCACGGCCCAAUUUACGGUGCAGAACCUGCAGGAAGGCUUAUUCUGGAAAUGACACGCAUCUUGACCUGACAAUCACUAGUGGUAGCAAGGGGUAUGGCGAAGCUAUGCCAGCUUCUACUGAGCUUUUCAGAUUUCCUUUCGUGUCCUUUUUGUAUGAGAGAGGAUGGCGACAAAGUUUUUCUAUAUGGGGUGGUUUUCCAGGUCCAGAGAAAGAGUUUGAAUUGAUCAAGGAUUACCUUAACCCAGUCUUGGGUGGAACUAUUGUUGAUGCCAGCUGUGGAAGUGGGAUGUUUUCCAGGCUUUUUGCCAAGAGUGGACUGUUUUCUCUUGUUGUUGCCUUGGACUUUUCAGAAGCCAUGUUGCGGCAGUGUUCUGAAUUUAUUAACCAGGAGGAAAACUUUCCCAAAGAGAAAAUAAUCUUGGUCAGAGCAGAUAUCUCUAGGCUUCCAUUUGCAUCAGGUACUGUGGAUGCUGUUCAUGCUGGUGCUGCUUUGCAUUGUUGGCCUUCACCAUCAGUGGCUGUUGCUGAAAUAAGUCGAGUACUAAGACCUGGGGGAAUGUUUGUUGCUACCACCUACAUUUUAGAUGGUCUAUUCUCGUAUAUCCCAUUAGUCAGGCCUCUUCGGCAGAACGUUGCACAGGUCUCUGGAAGUCACGUUUUCCUAUCCAAUAAGGAACUUGAAGAUCUUUGCACAGCUUGUGGUCUUGUGGAUGUUAAAGUCACUAGGAAUAGAAUGUUUGUGAUGAUAUGCGCCACGAAACCUAAAUAAGUCUGUCGCAGUUUCUUGCUGGCCAUUGCUCAGAGAUGGCUGAGCCAUGACUGCAAUUUCACUUGGGCCUGGAUUUAUUGUCCUUGGAAUGCUACAUAGUUCUGUAUCUAACAGGAAUCUAUUGAUAGAUGUCAGUUACCAUUUCAUUUUCCUUCUAUUCUUUAUAGCCAUCCAUGCAUCUGGUAGGAUUUUUAUUUGGACCGUUCAAAUAGCGAAAUACAUGUAUAGUUCUGUUGCCAAGCUCUUGAUUAAUGAAUGCUUAAGAUGUACAUCUUCUCAAAGGUAA